GAGAUGCCCUUUCAGGAGCUUAGCUCUUCAGAUAAAAAGUCCCUCUUCACAUGAGAGCAUCCUUGAAUGAGAGCACUGCAGAAUAUUUUAAAAGCUCUAUCUGUCUGGAAAUUUUCCAGACAGUCCUUUACCUACUGGUGUCGUUGUCCUCCUCUCCCCCUUCCCUCUUAAAUCUUCACAAACAUCUCCAUAUCAUUAAUAUUUCAGUAUCAGCUGUUCACAGGUAUUGGCUACACUGCAGUGCACUUCAUCAAUAAGAGACAGCAAAGGAUGUGAGGUUUGCCACACUGCCUUCAUCCAGCAGAGGAGUAAGAGCAAAGGCAGAGUCUGGCAGAGCAACUGAGUAUUUGCUGAGGGUGAAGCUGCAGUCCCAGUCUCGAGGUGCUUUUUGCUGCUCUCCCUCACUCAGAUCAUCCAGAUAAUACUCUAUCAAGCAACAAGAAUGGAUGUCUUUAAGAAAGGUUUCUCCAUUGCUAAAGAAGGUGUGGUAGCUGCUGCAGAAAAGACCAAGCAGGGAGUGACAGAAGCUGCUGAGAAGACUAAAGAAGGGGUGAUGUAUGUAGGUACCAAAACCAAGGAAGGCGUAGUGCAAAGUGUGACCUCAGUUGCUGAGAAGACCAAAGAACAGGCCAACGUGGUGGGAGAAGCUGUAGUAGCCAGCGUGAAUACAGUGGCAAACAAGACUGUAGAAGGAGCAGAGACCAUCGUGGCCACUACAGGAGUUGUGAAAAAGGAGGACCUGGCUCCACCACAGCCGCCGGAGCAGCCGGAGGUGGCAGGAGACGUGGCAGGCACAGGAGGCGGUGGAGAGGGUGAAAACGAAGGCAAUUAAUCAACUUAGGGACUUCUAGCUCAAGAGAUGGCAUUCCUAGAGCAUACCUGGAAAUAUUAGCUGACACUACAACAAGAAAAUCCUGCUCACUGUAGACAAAAAUAUUCAGCUCUGUAGUCUUUCACUUGCUUCAUAAACCAAUUGUACACCAUAUAUAAGCCAGACCCCCCUGAUUGUAAGUGAAGUGCAGGUGUGUACCAGG